AUGAGGACCUCGUCAUCAUCACUUGUGCUGUUCUUUGCGUUCAUCUUGGUUUUUGCAUCCAUGCAAGCCGACGCAAAACGGCUGACUUUGGAGGAGAAGCAGAGGCUGAAAGCCCACCAUGAUCGUAAGCUCACUACUGAUCAGGAAGAAAGUAAACCAACUGCUGUCCCAACGGCUGUUGUUAAUGGUGCUAGAGACACGAAUGAUAAGGAUGCGAUCACUGACCAAAACCAAGGGAAAUCUGGAGACACGGAAAAGAAUACUGGGGCGGAUAACAAUGACGAAAACGAUGCAAACCCUACUUUUGGGCAAUAUGGAGCUGGUUCGAGUUCUGAUUCAUCGCCGGACACCCACCGUUACUAUUCUACCGGUGAUGAUCGCAAGCCCGGGCACUAA